AUCCCAAAGCAAAACUAAGGACAAAGGGUUUAGGCAAAAGUGUGAAAGUACCAAAAGACCCUUUACAUUUGGAUAUGCGCAACAGAACCAACGUUAGAGAAGACCAAAAUGGGUACAGGGAGAAUGAAAACAGUUUGAGCUGGAGAGUCAAAAUGGGAGAGAAGCCCUAUAAAUGCAUGGAGUGUGGAAAAGGUUUCAGCAAGAACAGCUCCCUUACCUGCCACAAAAGGAUCCACACAGGGGAGAAACCCUAUAAAUGCAUGGACUGUGGGAAGAGCUUCAGCAAGAGCAAUCACCUCCUUUCUCAUAAAAGGAUCCACACAGGGGAGAAACCCUACAAAUGUACUGACUGUGGAAAGAGUUUCAGGUGGAGCAGUCAGCUGACUUCCCAUAAAAGGAUCCAUUCGGGUGUGAUACCCUACAAAUGCACGGAGUGUGGAAAGAGCUUCCGGGAAAAUGGAUCCCUUACUUCACACAAGAGAAUCCACACAGGGGAGAAGCCAUAUAAUUGCAUCGAAUGUGGGAAAAUAUUUCGGAAAAGCAGUUCGCUUACUUCCCACCAAAGGAUCCACACAGGGGAAAAACCUUACAAAUGUACAGACUGCGGAAAGAGCUUUAGUCAAAGCAGUAACCUCAUUUCGCAUAAAAGGAGCCAUUCGGGGGAAAAACCUUAUAAGUGUGUGGAAUGUGGAAAGAGUUUCAUGUGGAACAGUCAGCUGACAUCUCAUAAAAGCAUCCAUACAGGGGAAAAACCCUAUAAAUGCGCCGACUGCGGGAAGAGCUUCAGCAACAGCAGUCACCUGAUUUCCCACAGAAGGAUCCACUCGGGGGAGAAACCAUAUAAAUGUCUGGAGUGUGGGAAGAGCUUCCGCGAAAAUGGGUCUCUGACUUCCCACAAAAGGAUCCACAUAGAAGAAAAACCACGUCAAUGUGUGGAAUGCGGGAAAAUGUUUCAGAGGAAAAGUUCUUUUGUUUCCCAUAAAUGUACCCGUACCGAAGAAAAACCCUAUAAAUGUCUGGACUGUGGGAAAAUAUUCCGAAAAAGCAGCUUCCUUAUUUCCCAUAAAAGAAUCCACACAGGGGAAAAACCAUUUAAAUGCCUGGAGUGUGGAAAGAGCUUCCGCGAAAAUGGAUCUCUGACUUCCCAUAAAAGGAUCCACUCAGGUGAGAAGCCCUAUAAAUGCACGGAGUGUGGGAAGAGCUUUUGGAGGAGCAGUUCCCUUUGUUCGCACAGAAGAAUCCACACGGGGGAAAAGCCUUACAAAUGCACCGAGUGUGGAAAAAGCUUCAGUGAGAAUGGAUCGCUGACAUCCCAUAAAAGGAUCCACACAGGGGAGAAACCUUACAAAUGCCCAGAGUGUGGAAAAAGAUUCAAUACUAGCAGUAAUCUUUCCUCCCAUCGAAGGAUCCACUCUGAGGAGAAACACUAUAAAUGCGUGGAGUGUGGAAAAAGCUUUACUCAGAGUGCUUGCCUUAUUUCUCACAAGAGAAUCCACAGAGGGCAGAAACCGUAUAAAUGUGUGGAGUGUGGGAAAAGUUUCAGAUGGAGCAGUCACCUUACUUCCCAUAAAAGGAUCCACACGGGGGAGAAGCCAUAUAAGUGCCAGGAAUGUGGGAAAAUAUUCCGGAUAAGCAGUUCCCUAACUUCCCACAAACGGAUCCAUACUGGGGAGAAACCAUAUCAGUGCAAGGAUUGUGGAAAGAGCUUCCGAGAAAAUGGAUCCCUCACGGUUCAUAAAAGGAUCCACACAGGGGAGAAACCCUAUAAAUGCACCGAGUGUGGGAAAAGCUUCCGAAAGAGCAGUAACCUUACUUCCCACAUAAGGAUCCACUCAUGGGAUCCCCAAGAGAAUGAACCUGAUCAGGAGGUGGUUGUACCAACAUUAAAAACGCUCAAGAAUGAACUGAGAAAAGAGACAUUGAGAAAUCAGUGAGGACCCUGAAAUAAAAUUAGG